AUGGACCAAACACCCCUCGUCUGUGACUAUGGUUCUGGCAUCAGCAAGGUGGGCUUUGCAGGAGCCGAGGGCCCUAUGGCUGUCUUUCCCACCUUCCUCGGGAAACUGAAACAUAACAACCUACUGGUGGGGGUGGAAGAAAAAGACUGGUUCAUUGGAGCUGAGGCCCAGAAUAAUCUAAAAAAUCUGAACAUGCACUACCCCAUCACCCGGGGAGCCAUCAUGGACUGGGACGACAUGGAGAAGAUUUGGCAUCACUCCUUCUACCAGUUGCUCCGCGUUGCCCCCGAGGAACACCCUUUAAUGAUAACAGAGCCACCGCUAAACAGCACAGACAUUAAAUGUAGAAUGACUCAGAUCCUAUUUGAAACCUUCAACGUCCCCGCCCUGUACAUGGCUAAUCAAGGGGUCCUCUCCAUGUAUGCUGCUGGCAGAACCUCUGGAAUAACUAUUGAAUGUGGAGAGGGGAUGACAUACUUCGUGCCCGUCAUCAAUGGCUUUCCUUCGCAACUGUCAACUACCAAGCUGGACAUAGCUGGUCAAGACCUGACCAUGUACCUCCUGAAGCUGCUCUCAGACAGUGGGAACUUGUUAGUGAGCACAGCCGAUCGCGAGUACAUCCGAGACCUGAAAGAGAAACACUGCUAUGUGACACUGGAUUAUGACAUGGAAAUGUCAAAAAACGCAGUACCCUCCCAACAGAAGAAAGUCCAGUUGCCCGACGGCAAGGAAGUCAGCCUGGAGCAGGAGGCACUCACGUGCUCAGAGGCGCUCUUCAACACCAGCCUCAUCGGGAGAAGCAACCCGGGCAUCCACAUGCAGGCCCAGCAGAGCAUCACGUCCUGUGACCGCUCCCACUGGAAGACUCUUUUUGGUCAUAUCAUUCUGUCUGGUGGCACUGGUGCCUUCUCAGGUCUACGACUCCGGCUGCAGACAGAGAUAUCAAAGCUGGUCUCUCCAGGCUUCUGUGUGAAGGUGGCCACCUCUUCAUAUGCCAAGUAUGGUGCCUGGGUAGGUGCCUCCAUCUUGAGCUCUCUCCCUCUGUUCAGGGAAAUGUGGGUCACAAGUCAUGAGUAUAGGGAAAUUGGCUCUUCCGUCAUGUGUAGAAGAAACCUCUGA